AUGGGUUCGCCGGCCAAUCCUCCAGGAAUCCCACCGAGACAUUUGAAUACCUACUAUGGUACAUAUGCGAUCGGACAGGAGAUCCGAAAUCUCAACAACUCCUCCCCCGAGAGCGCCGUUUCUGGGAUAUUGACCGGCAUCUUGAGCCGUCAGUUCCCACCGGGAGCGGGCUACGUGAUCAGGCCCGAGGAUCAGAUCAACACCAGAUACGCGGACCUGAACGUUUAUCACCAUACUGCAGCACACGGCUACAUGCACUUCCUUCUUGUACAAUGCAAGAGGCCGACAUACGAGAACCAGGAAUGGAUGUGGAGGAGAGGCCGAAACCAGCUUCGGGAUUACCUGAGGGGGAUCCAAGGGGGCGGACAAGCUUAG